AUGGACUCGUCUAAAGCUAUGUCGUCUGUCCUGCCCCUCGUCCUUGUCGUCGUCGUCGUUCUCGUCGUCGUCGUUGCCCUCCGAACCCUAGCCGCGGUGGCUUCACAGAAGGACCGUCUUGCUCUGCGCCAGCAAGCGGCCAUCGAGAAGCACUACGCCCGGUUGGGCAAGGCUCAACCAACCUCAUCGUCGUCUCGCCCUCGGGUGGGACGUAAAACUCCGACAACGACUCGCACCCUCCCGCCUGGCGCAACGCGUCGCGCAAGGGACGACAAGAAGCCGGUUAGAGAGCCGCCCUCUGCGGAUCCGAAACCUUCUUCCUCGGCGAAGUGCUUGAAGCACCAGCCAAAGGAGGUCGGUGAAGCUGGAAAGACCACCAAGCUCUCGGCGCCAUCUUCACGCCCGGUCAAGUCUUCGACCACUUCCAAGUCGCCGGUUACCACCGACAAGGAAGCCUCCGCCAGCAAGCGGUCGACAGACAAGGCGUCGAAGGACAAUCACCGCCGCCACCACAACCAGCCGCCCCCCCGUCGUCCUCAGCCUCCUCCUGCGCCGCCGCGCAUCGUCGUCUCCGACUGGGAUCGCGAGCAGGGUAAUACUACCCCGCCGCCCGAUUACAGUCUGUGGGACCAGGAGGGCGAGAUCGAAGUGAACGGCCAUCUCACCGCCUGGUUCGCGACUCUCUCGAUGGAAGAGAGACCCGGCCGGCGGAUGUUCACACCCACGGCGACGCCGGCCUCGUCCGUUUGCGAAAUGGACUUCAACAACUCCGGCUCGGCAUCUUCCUCGGACCGUGCUCACGGCGCCCAGACGGCCACCGGUACCUCGCCAUCAUCCUCUUCUCCGGAAGAGGCACCGAGGACUGGCCUUCGUGGGUGGAGGCCUUGGCCGACCCAGAUUCCGGUGCCCGUUUUCGUCAAAGGGCUCGGCAGCCGAUAUACCGGUCGUGAACACCGGUUUUCCCUCGUCAAGUGGGUCUGGUUCGAUUGA